UUGGUUUCCGGUCCGCAGGUUUGGUAUUUUCCAAAGCAGAAGUCGCUCGAAACGGAUUUGCUAGGUGCGGAAGUCUUGCAAGAUGGAUUUUUGCGCAAAUCUGCUUUUGUGAACAUCGCUUUUAAUCAGCGUUCUGCAGUAAACGUUAUCCGUGGCAGCUGUUAACCAUGGCAAUUCUAUUUGCCGUGGUGGCUCGUGGAACCACCAUCCUAGCCAAGCAUGCAUGGUGUGGUGGGAACUUCCUCGAAGUGACAGAACAGAUCUUAGCCAAGAUUCCAUCUGAAAAUAAUAAAUUGACAUACAGCCAUGGCAGCUAUCUCUUUCAUUACAUCUGCCAUGACAGAAUCAUAUACCUGUGUAUCACCGAUGAUGACUUUGAAAGAUCACGUGCAUUCAGCUUCCUCAGUGAAAUCAAGAGGCGCUUCCAGACCACAUAUGGGUCGCGAGCACAAACAGCCCUGCCUUACGCCAUGAACAGCGAGUUCUCGUCAACGCUGGCUGCGCAGAUGAAACAUCAUUCUGACCCACGGGGAUCGGAUCGCCUUACUGAAACACAAAUGCAAGUGGAUGACCUGAAGGGUAUUAUGGUCCGGAACAUAGAUUUGGUUGCUCAGAGAGGUGAGAAACUGGAACUGUUGAUUGACAAGACGGAAAAUCUGGUCGAUUCUUCUGUCACAUUUCGUACCACAAGUCGUAAUUUAGCCAGAGCCAUGUGUAUGAAAAACCUCAAGCUGACCUUUGUUGUCGUGCUGGUGUGCCUGGUCGUCAUUUACAUUAUUGUCUCUGCUUCUUGCGGAGGCCUCAGCUGGCCCUCCUGUGUCAAAUGAGAAGACUUUAGGCCUAUCGGUCUGAUGUGGAAAAGGAGAGAAGCACCUGCUCAACCACGGUCGCCAACGGUCAGUAAAAGGACAUUAUCCUCGCUCAACUUCUUUAGCCUCAGUUUGGCUGGAUGACACUGCUCCCACUGCUGCUUCUUUGAUAUUGUACACCUGCCUUCAGGAGAGAGCGUCCCACCUCGUACCACCCAAAUGGACAGCAGUGAGGUGGUCAACAAAUGAUGUGGCAUAAUCUUCUCAAACUAGUUUGUCUGUCCGUUUUAUUAGUAGCACUGUCACUGCAUCGAUGUACAGUAGUCCAUUCAUUUUUACUGAACACAAAAUGCACCAUAAUGAGUUCAUUUACAUGCUUGUUUAUUAAUGUGCACUAUAUGUCGAAUCUACAAGCUUCAGAGAAGUGAUGAAGAUCUACCAGACACUGUUCCUGGUUACUUUACUGAAUACUAAUAUUGGACAAAAAAAAAUCAUGUAACCACUAACAAGACAAUGGUGGGGUCCAAGGAAUAUCCGAAACAGGUGUUGAAAAUCUUUUUCUUACCAAUCAUACGGUAUAUCAUGCAGUAAAUGCUGUAAAACAAAAUAAUUACAGUAUAUAAAAAAUGUUACAAGUGAUUAUGUAUGUAAUAUCUGGCAUGUGAUUGACUUCAAUUAGUGCUUCAAAAUGUGAUGUUUUUCUUGUUUGACUAAUCUUGUCAUCUGAUAUAUGUCAACAAUGCACCUUUCAUCCUUAUGUUCAUAUUGUUUAUAAUCAAGUAUUUAAUUACAUUUUGAUUUGAAAUAAAAAUCUGAUGCUACAA